AUGCAUCACAACACUAAGCAAGGCCUAAUAUUCCUUGCAUUCUUGAUUGCCUGUGGAGGAGGUAUCGCUGCCUUUAUCCUUUUGCGCAAUUCCCAUAACCAGCAUCCACAUUCCGGAAAGCGUGAAAUGGGGGGCAUGGAUCCAAACAAGAUUUAUGCUAGGAGUCUCCCUACAAGCGGUGUGACUACUAGUAGAUAUGUUGGUCUUGAGAAAAGCGAAUCACCCCAAGUUCACCCAUCUUAUACUCAUCACAGCACGCAAUCUCAACAUCGCAAUAGGCAUCGUUCAUUUACUCCAGAGAGAGAGAUUGGUAAUAAUGGCAGUCAAUUCGUCACCAUUCCGACUACUACAGCUACAUCAGCCAAUGUACAACCAUUAUCGACCGCUGCUACUAGUAGUGCUUCGUCUAUCGAUAUCUACUCAUCCUUCACAGUGGAACCCUUGAGUACUUUGGCAGCCGCAGUAGGGUUCCAAACCUCUGCUGCUUCGUCAUCAGAUCCAAUUUCUGACACUAGCCUGAUUUCUACAACUCCGACGAGUCUGCAGCCAUUGGCCACUACUGGCAGUGGACACAGCCAUCUUCUAGUGGCAGGACUUCGUGUAAAUAUUCAGUGA